UGUUGUUGAUUCGAACCGUAGGGAGCGGGUGAGGGAAGUGUUGGAGCCGGCCUGGGGGGACACAUAGCAGCAGCGCCCCCCGGCCGGGCAGGGGGAAAUUUACCUUGGUGAGUUCUCUUUCCUUCAAGGGAGCGGGGUGUUGUGCGAGAUUGGGGCCGAGCCGUCUUCUCUGUUUGGGGCUUGUGUCCGGAAGAGGACCUGCGAGCCGAAAUGCGGGUAGUAGGAGACGACAUUUGGCACGUGUUUGCUUACUCUGCUAUCUGAAUGGUGGUGUUUUUUAUCUUUGAGAAACUUCUCCUUCCACCCCAUGCAACUCUCCCCAUGUCCCAAGUGUGUGACUGGUGUCCAACGCGAUGUGUGUUUGUCAAACCAUGGAGGUGGGGAAGCAUGGCAAGAACACAACCCACGCAGGAGGCAGAGGGGUCCUGCUGGAGCCUUUCAUUCAUCAGGUGGGCGGCCACAGCAGCAUGAUGCGCUAUGAUGACCACACUGUGUGCAAGCCUCUAAUUACCAGAGAACAGCGCUUCUAUGAGUCCUUACCUCCAGAAAUGAAGGAAUUCACACCUGAAUACAAAGGGGUGGUGUCUGUCUGUUUUGAGGGAGACAGUGAUGGCUACAUUAACCUGAUAGCAUACCCGUAUGUGGAGAGUGAAGCUUUGGAGCCAGAUGAUGUGCCAGAAAGGGACCAGCCACGUCGUAAACACUCUCGCAGGAGUCUGAACAGGUCAAGCAGUACCAGUGAACACAAAGAGGAAAAAGCAGGGCUGGCUUGUGAGAACUCAGAAAGCAGCAGCAUCCAAGAGACGAAGAGCCUCAAGAUGCACCUCCAUUCAGAUGUUCCGUUUCAGAUGCUUGAUGGAAAUAGUAGCCUGACUACUGAAAAUAUCACCUAUAACCCAUGGAGUCUACGUUGCCACAAGCAACAGCUGAGCCGUAUGCGCUCAGAGUCCAAGGAACGAAAGCUCUACAAAUUCCUUUUGCUGGAGAAUGUGGUACAUCACUUCAGAUUUCCUUGUGUGCUUGAUCUGAAAAUGGGGACCAGACAGCAUGGAGAUGAUGCUUCUGAAGAGAAGGCUGCUCGACAGAUGAAGAAGUGUGCACAGAGCACUUCAGCCUCACUAGGUGUACGAGUUUGUGGAAUGCAGGUCUACCAGCGGGAUACAGGGCAUUAUUUGUGCAGGAAUAAAUACUAUGGCAGAGGUCUUUCCACUGAGGGUUUUCACAAUGCUCUCUACCAAUAUCUGCACAAUGGUAUAGAGCUACGAAAGGACCUCUUUGAGCCCAUCCUUAGCAAGCUGUACAACCUGAAAGCUGUAUUGGAGAGGCAGGCCUCUUACCGCUUCUACUCCAGCUCCUUGCUCAUCAUCUAUGAUGGAAAGGAUGACAGGUCUGAGACAUACAAGGAGCGAAGAACAGAGAUGCAUCUGAAGCCAGUGGACAUGUCUCUCCCAGAGAGCCUACAGGAUGGCAGCAGCACAGAAUCCAUCCUCUCCCAGCCCAAGGUGGACGUCCGUAUGAUUGAUUUUGCACACAGCACAUUCAAAGGUUUUCGGGAUGAUCCCACAGUGCACGAUGGCCCUGACAAGGGUUAUAUGUUUGGUUUAGAGAGCCUUAUCAACAUAAUUGAAGAGAUGCGGGAUGAGAACAAAUAACCUUUGGUGGAACUCUUCUGUUUCAUUUCCCUACUGAUAGGAACAGACAGGACCACCACUCCUUCAUUGAAAGCAAAUUCAACUGCUUUGAAAAAAAAGUAUUGUUCCAGUGUUUUUAACUACAUCAAAGGACAUAAUAUCCUGGAUGAGCCUGUCAAAUAUGGCUUUGACUAUUCUGGCCCAGAUGCUUUUCAGGAGAGAUGCAUCUCAUGGACUCCAGUAUUGGGCAUUAGUGUCCAAGGCUGAUAUUUAUUGUGUAGCCCUCUGAUCAUGUCUGUGUUAGGAAUGGAGACCCUUACCCCAUGGGAAAGAAGAGGGUUCUAGAUUUGAGGAUUCUAGUCUCCUUCCUUGUCAACCUUUCAUGGAGGCACUGUGGCUUGAACCUCUCUUGUGUUUGAAAAGGGCAUUUGGAUAUAAACUAACAUCAUUUAUUGGGGUGGGGCUUAUAGAGGCACAUAAUUUGCACACUCUUCCCUCUGCUAUUGCUGCCCCUGUGCAGGUAUGAAAGAUUCUUUGGGAGAGUACAGUUGGUAGUACAAUUUAUUUUCUUUAAUCUGGGUGUCAGCAUAUUAUUCUGACUAGGGAAGUAAAUGACCAAAGGAAAGCCAGAGCAGCACAUGUUGGUUUUGAUUUGUAUUCCAUUGGUGAGGUUUGCCUCUGUUCCCUCACCAUUCCCUGAAGCUGAGACAGAAGCUCUCCAGAUUCCAGAAUUGCCUGGACAUGGCUACACAAUAUUAUCUUGAAUUUCAUGGGAGAGUUGAGCUAGCUAAGGAUAGUAUCAAUAGCACAUUUAAUCUGGUCCCUUGACAUUUUUUCUGGGACUAAUUCAGGUCACUUUUCCCAUCCCACCAUUUUACAUUUUGUUGAUCCAAUGAUGUAUUUGCCGACCUCAUUCAAAUCCAAGCACUUCAGUGCAGAAAUUGAAAUUUCCCCCUUUUCUCCCCUUCCCAAGCAGAUUUUUCUAAUGAACUGUACACUUCCACACAGUAGUUGUGUGAUAAAAAAAAUAGAAGUAGGCAUUUGUAUUUUCAGACAGUGACCCCCGUUGUGGAGGGAAGCAUCUACCUGGCUUUGAACAGUGGCAUCACAGCUGAAUGUGCUGCCACCUAUGCUUGAUUUUGCCUCAGGGAGUUGACAUUUGCUGGCCUUGUUCCUAUGACUGGUGACUAGCUGAAUGCAUCCGGGCCAGAUUCUGACCCCCACAUGUGUGUUCACAGUUCUGUUGUGUAGAGUGGCCAUGUUAAUCCAAUGACAGCCCCAAGUGCUUCUCCCUUAGACCCCAGAAGCUGUCCCGUCCUGACUAGAGAUGGCCCUGUCAUAGACAAAAUGCACUAUGUCUCUUUGAAAUGCAGUAUGUUGGGAAGAGAGUUGCUACCAUAGAGAACUGAUAUCAGGGCAUUAAGAUUAAGGACAGUUGUCUUGUGCUUGAUGCUCUUAAGAUAGGACAAGAAGGUUCAUUGGUGUGCUGAUUCUAUGCCUCCCUUUUGGGUGAUAUGGCCUUUAUAGGUCAGUUUUUAAAAGUGUUUUUGACUUCAUCAAGCUGCUGCUGAUAGGGGUUUGGCUAGUUCUGGUAUGUGUCUGCAGGGGCAAACUUUGCUAACCCCAUUCUGCAUGUUCUGUAAGCCUGGUGGAAGAACCACCUCUGCAUCAACCAGUUCAGCACUAGUCUAAGAUCUUGGUGGUGCUAGAGGAAGCUACUAUAAUAAGGGACACUUGGAACAGGUUAGUGCAGUUUCUCCAGCAUUACUUCUGAUUCUCCGAACUGAAGGGAAAAGCUAAAAUCUGCACAGUGUUGCUAGACUCCAUCAAGCCUUGUUUUUGAACGCUUCAUAUUAAGUAUGAGGCAUCAUAAUUUUUUUUAGUUGAACAGCAUCCUUCAAGAUAGCCGUGAUGGGUUUGGAUUGUAAGGAAUUGUUAAUCCUUCCAUCACCUCAAUAACAAGGAAAAGAAUAUAGACACUCUACAGAAGUUUCCCUCCUGAUUUAGUGAUUGUUUUGUUUUAUAAUCUUAAAAACAACAACACAGCCCUCUGGACCACUCAAACCUUCUCGUAAGUUCCAGAGCUUGUAAAUAGCAUAUUUUCCUUGUUGUCAGGUUUUGUUUUUGUAAAGCUAAUAAUUCUGUUUAAGCUCUAUAAGGAACCAAAAAAUUAAAGGAUAUGAGUUUUUCAGUAUUGUAGCAUUGUGGUUAAUUUUCAGACAGCAUAACUACAAAGCACAGUCUUGUUCAAUAGCAAUAAGCCUUCCAAGUUCAUUUGUUUUUGACUUCAGGGUGAGCAAAAGGACACGGUUCUGACUGUUCUUUGAACCUGAGUAUCUUGCACAUCUGAAAGAGUUUGGUUUUUAUCAUCAAUGAUUUGCUUUCAACCAGACUUAGUACCAAUGAAACCAGUAUGCAUAAUUCGAGUUCCUGCAAGACAUGUACUCAUACAUAGUCUCUUACAGAACAUUGUGGAUGGGAUAUGUAUGGGGGCAGGGUACAUGAGCACAGUAAGCCUGUCAGUACUAGAGCAGUGGGAAUUGUGAUGUACUGGCAAAGCUGCAUAAGGAAAUACCUGCAGGGCUUGUUUGGAAAGUACCAUAGUGUCAGGGCAAAUAAAUUCAACUGGAUCUUAUCUUGAUAGUUACUUCUGAGCUAUCCUAUUGGGUAUGCAUCAGUAUUAGUUUCUGCAGCUUGACAUUUAGCUUGAAUUGAAAGCAGCUCUGUACUGCAAACAUGUCUUCUAAAAUGCACCAACAAAAAUGGGGACAGUUCAUAAGGUAGAAAGAAAAGUAUUUGUCUUCAUUUGCUCUCUUCACAUGUGAGGAAUGUGGUUAAUGUAUGCAGUAACAUGCAGGGUUCAGUCCAUAUAAAAAUCUAAAACUUCCAAGCAGUUAGUAUAGUUUGCCAUUCUUGAUUGUAGUGCAUGUUUCCAGCUUGUUUGAUUGCCAAAGUGAAAGAUACCCAGAACCUGAAAAAGAUCAGUGAUGUGCAGGUACACCCCUUGGCCUUUUCUGCCUUGAAACAAAGAGAACUUGGUCUUUCAAAAGCAAAGCUAGCUUAUCCUAUGGCUUUUGUAGUGUUCUGUGUCCCACUGCAUUUUGUUAUACAGAUAGGGAAACAUUAUUUGCUAAGUAAGGACACACCAAUUUGUUCUUAAUGCUGGAUCCAGCCUCCUUAUGGUCCAGACAGCUGCCAUUUGUGGAAAUCUGCCCUUCUGUCCUUGGUUCUACCUCAUUAUCUAAGGUAAAAUCCUUCAAGAUGGUUGUCAGGUUUCUUAUGCCCAUAGGCAUGUUGCCAUAGAACUAGAAGCAUAUGUUACCUAGAGCCAAUUUGCAGAAGAACAAGUCUGCUCAAGAUGACAUAUGGUUAAUUUUGAACAACAAACUUAAAAGUGAAGCCACUUGACUUCUUGCUCUUGUAGCUCUAAUGGGGUUGUUUGAGAUCGUUAGUGUAAUUCUUUGCUCAUCAGAAGAAGGCAGGAGUAUAGUCAGCCCUGUGUUGAAAUGCCUAUCAGAUGGAUAAUGAGAGCCCCUGAGCAUAAAGGAGAAUGCUGCCCAACAAAGCCAUUUUGCAUGCAUUUAUACAUUCAGGUCCUCUUUUGGAGGCUUGUGUAAAUAAUCCUUCCAGUCAGUUCCUACUGGAUCAGUACAGCCUGCUUGUUGCCCUUUACAGCUUGCUGACACUUUAUGUCCAGGUGUGUGAAUUCCUGUAGCAGAACUUUGCACGUACUGUGUUGUUGCCUUCAUGUGGAUGAUCAGCUUCUCAGCCUUCUGGAAUACAUAGCCAGCUAUCUUUCUCUAGCAAUACAUAGGAACUGCUAGCUUUGGUGUAUGAACCCCAGAGGGGUUCCCUUAUUUUACAAAUAAGGUCCAGGGAAGACGGUUGCCAGAUAACUGGGCUGUAUUUCUUUUGUAUUGGAGGUGGCAACUGCUGCCUUAAACUUCUCUUCCUCUGCUCUGCUAGAGGUUACUACUGCACUGUGUUUUUUUGUUAAUAACUGAUUUUGCCCUUUCAGCUGGAACAGGAGCCACUUUCUCUUUACUAGCACCUUCAUAGCUUGGACCUGUGCAUGAUCUCUCACACAUACCAGUUCAGAAGUUACAUUAUGAAGGAUGAAGUGUUGCACGUUCAGUCUGGUGACUCCAAAGAAGGCCUGUGUGGCAUAGGAGGGGUGCUGCUGUCUAAAUUUGACUCAUGGUAUCUGUUUCUGCACUGUACAGAACUUGACUUCUCUUGCAAACUGAUUAAGAGACUGUCAGUUUUAAUGUCUGUAGUCCUGCCUACAUGCCUGCAACAGUUUGUCCAUACAGAUCCUGUCCCUCCACAGAGGACCAAAUCAUUCCAGUGACCAUUUGUCUGCCUGCUGGGCUGAGUUAGAUGGUGUAGUUUUAGAAGGGUGGUAACUAUAGUCCCUGCUGGAGGAAGGAGCUUUAGCUAGCCAAUAUUCUCACUGAGAACAACACCAGCAACUUGCCAUGAGUCCUUGGAGUGCACCUGUCUAUACACUCUGCUGUUACUGGCAUGUAAUGUGGAGGUGCAAUCCGUGGGCAUAUGCUGCUCUACACCAAUGCAAGGAACUUGCUUUAUUGCUUGCAGUUAUAUAAACUCUUGGAUGUAAUGGAAGAGGUAAUUUUUGUUUUUCAUGGAUGGGGAGAGAGAUGGGCUCCAGGCAUAUGUAUUUUGCUUGUUUUACAUUUAAGUCUGGAAAGAGUCAUCCUAGUUGACUUCAAACUUUAGUUGUAUUUGUACCAUUAUUGCAUGCUUACCUCAGGAGAAAAAUGUUUGUUUUUUAUAUUUCAAAAAGUCUAGGUAUAAAAUGGUCUCUAUGAGAACUGCUUGAAAGGGAAGAAGUGUUGCUGUGAUCAGGGAGCACAGUUGUGCCCUAGAGGAGAAAGGUUCCCAACUGUCCCUUUUGACUUGUCUGGGAGGGAUACAGCAUCACAUUACAAAUUUAUUGUAUAUUUUUCUGUUUCAGUGCCAUUUUGUUGGGCCAAGUCAAGCUUUUGGACAUGAGAAAUAUCAGUACCUGUACUCAUACACCCUGCACCCUUGGCUCUCCGAUUGUGUAUAAAGUUAUAUGUAUAUAUAAAUAAACUGCUAGACAUCUA